AUGCCGAGGGCCAAGCAGGCGCUGGCGGGGGGCGGCCCGAGAAAGCCUCCCAAAGCCUCUCCUCCGCCGCCGAAACCCUCCAAGAAGCGGCCGCCGCCACCCUCCCGGCCCCCGGCGCUGCGCAGGAAGCUCCUGCGGCCGCGGAAGAAGCGUUCGGAGCUGCUGGUCCCCGCCGCCGCCAUCCGGGGCCUGCUCCGGGGCCUGCCCGCAGGCGUGGCGGUGAAGGGCGAGGCUGUGGCCGCGCUGCAGGCCGGCUGCGAGGCGCAGCUCCUGGCGCUGUUCGAGGCCUGGGGGCUCUGCGCCCUCCACGCCAAGCGAGCUGCCGUCCACUCUGCCGACCUGAACCUGAGGAGCGGCUCCGGGCCCCGGGGCGGCCGCGGGGACUGUGCCCAGAGCUCUGCUGCUGGCAAGCAGCAGCUCCCCUGCGGGGAGAGCUUCGGGCGGCAGCGGGGCCUGAGCGAGCACCUGCGCAGCCGCAGCCACCGCGGGGGGCGCAGCGGAGCCCAAGCUGCCAGGGCAGCCGAGCGCUGCCCCGAGUGCGGCCAGAGCCUCCCCGCGGGCUGGCGGCCGGGGGAGCAGCGGCGGCGCCGCGCCGGGGCCGGCCGCGGGCAGCCCUCCCUCUGCCCCCACUGCGGGCAGCGCAGAGGCUGCCAGGCCGCUGCCGAGCUGCGGCCGGGCCGCAGGGGGCGCCCGGGCCGCCCGGGCAAGAAGCAGAUCUCCUGCGAGGAGUGCGGGAAGAGCUUCGCCAAGAACUCCUACCUGCUGCAGCACCGCAACGUGCACACCGGGGCGCGCCCCUACGGCUGCGAGGCCUGCGGCAAGGCCUUCGCCUACAGCUCCGCCCUCAUCAAGCACCGCCAGAGCCACGUCGAGAGGAAGCAGUUCCCCUGCGGCCAGUGCGGGAAGAGCUUCGCCACCAGCACCUCCCUGCUGCGCCACUGGACCCUGCACAGCGGGGAGCAGCCCUACGGCUGCCCCACCUGCGGCAAGACCUUCGCCACCAGCUUCUCCCUGGGCCGCCACCGCCAGACCCACAGCGGGGAGCAGCCCCACGCCUGCGGGGACUGCGGCCGCCGCUUCUCCUACGCCGCCGCCCUGCGGCGCCACCGCCUGACCCACGGCGGGGAGAAGCCUUACCCCUGCGCCGACUGCGGCAAGGGCUUCACCAACGGCUUCGAGCUGCGCAUCCACCGCCGGCUGCACACCGGCGAGCGGCCCUUCCGCUGCGGGGAGUGCGGCAAGGGCUUCGCCAGCAAGAACCACCUCACCACCCACCGCUACGUCCACAGCGGGGAGAAGCCUUUCGUCUGCGGGGACUGCGGCAAGGGCUUCGCCACCACCUCCCGGCUCAGCUGCCACCGCUUCGUGCACACCGGCGAGUCGCCCUUCCGCUGCGGCGACUGCGGCAAGAGCUUCGUCUACGGCGCCGCCCUCGGCGCCCACCGGCGGCUGCACACCGGCGAGAGGCCUUACAGCUGCGGGGAGUGCGGCAAGAGCUUCGCCUACAGCUCCGUGCUCACCAAGCACCGCCGGAUGCACGCCAGGGACAAGUCCUAGGGGAGGAGGAGGA